UACUCUCUCUAAUUCCUUUAUCCCUCCCCCUUUUUUUCAACUUGAUCUGCCCCUCUCCACUGCACAGCAUCUCUCUCUCUCUGCCCCUCUCUCUCACUCUCUCUCACACACACUUUCACUCUUUCGCUUGCGCUUCCACUCGAGCACAUGCAGACGGAGGGAGAGAGGGAGGAGGGAUGAACGAGGUGCACACAUGUGAGGAUCUCCUGAACUGCCGGGCCAAGGCAGAACUGGUGAAGAGAGAAGAAGAAGAAGAGGAGGAGAAGGAGGAGGAAUAGAGGACUACUGCAGAGACCAGCCAGCUUCUCUCUCUCUUUCUCUCUCUCUCUCUCUCUCUUUUUUUAUAUUUCACUCUCUCCCUCACUGCUUCACUGCUUUCAUUACCCAGUCUUCUUCAUCCCCUACUCUAUCCCUCUGCUAAUAAUACCAUGAACCUGCCUACUGCUUGUUGCUAAGGGGGAGCCGACCGGGGGGAGUGCAGAGAGUGGACCAGGCAUUUUUGUGUUUCUAAGGACGUUGUGAAAAAUGGCGGAGGGGACCAAAGACCAGGCAGGGGUGGGCACCACUGAUCCAGAGGAGGACUCCCCGAAUAUGAUCGUGUACAGAAAGAUUGAAGACAUUGUAACACGAAUACAAGAUGAGAAAGCGGGAGGUGUAUCCAUCCGGACUGUCAAAAGCUUCCUCUCCAAGAUCCCCAGUGUGGUAUCAGGGGCAGACAUUGUUCAGUGGUUGAUGAAAAACCUCUCCGUUGAGGAUCCAGCUGAAGCCAUCCACCUCGGGAGUCUAAUAGCUGCCCACGGCUACAUCUUCCCCAUCUCAGACCAUGUCCUUACUCUUAAAGAUGACGGGACUCUUUAUCGCUUUCAGUCUCCGUACUUCUGGCCUUCAAACUGUUGGGAGCCCGAGAACACAGACUACGCCAUUUACCUGUGCAAGCGCACCAUGCAGAAUAAGGCCAGACUGGAGCUAGCCGACUAUGAGGCUGAGAACCUCGCCCGGCUGCAGAGGGCCUUCGCCAGGAAGUGGGAAUUUAUCUUCAUGCAAGCUGAGGCUCAAGUCAAGAUCGACAGGAAGAAGGACAAGGCAGAGAGGAAGAUUCUGGACAGCCAGGAGAGGGCGUUCUGGGAUGUUCAUCGCCCAGUGCCAGGCUGUGUCAACACCACAGAGAUGGACAUCCGCAAGUGCCGGAGAGAGAGGAACCCACACAGGGUAAAAAAGUCUGUUUACGGGGUACCAGACGACGGCCAGAGCCAGCCGAGUCCAGUCCACAUCAGCUCCCAGCCCACCAGGAAGACCACCAAAGAGGACGUUCAGAAGGAGAUUACCUUCUUGAACAGCCAGCUGGACAGACACUGUAUGAAGGUUUCCAAAGUGGCAGACAGUCUGAUGGGCUACACAGAGCAGUUUAUGGAAUAUGACCCCUUUGUGUCAACAACAGAGCCCUCUAACCCCUGGAUCAACGACGACACGUCUUUCUGGGACGUGGAGGCGAGCAGUCGAGACCCCAGCCAGCAGCGAGUGAAGAAAUGGGGCUUUUCUCUGGAGGAGGCGCUGAAAGAUCCAGCAGGGAGAGACCAGUUCCUGAAGUUCUUGGAGUCAGAGUUCAGCUCAGAGAACCUGCGAUUCUGGUUAGCGGUGCAGGAUCUAAAGCGACGGCCGCUUCAGGACGUGUCAUCCCGAGCUCAGGAGAUCUGGCAGGAGUUUCUUGCCGAGGGAGCACCGAGCUCCAUCAACCUGGACUCUCACAGCUACGAGCGGACCAGCCAGAACCUGAAAGACCCCGGACGCUACAGCUACGAGGAUGCUCAGGAGCACAUAUUCAAGCUAAUGAAAAGUGACAGCUAUGCACGCUUUUUGCGAUCCAACAUCUACCAAGACCUCCUGUUAGCCAGGAAGAAGCAGCCAGCAGACACUGAACAGGGCCGCCGCACCUCCCUGGAGAAGUUCACCCGCAGUGUGGGAAAGUCACUGACUGGGAAGCGCCUGACAGGCCUGAUGCAGUCGUCCUGACACUUCCCGUGUAGCAGGACUACAGCCGGACACUAUCGGGGGGUCCAUCGCCGCACAGGGUCACAGACAGUGGAGCUGGGCUGGACAAGACUGCUGUGGAGGCUCUCAGACACUGCUCCGAGGACUGCUGUCUUACUGGUAGUACUGAUGCAGCACUGGGCCUGAUUGGGCCCCAAACAGAACCACAAAGGAUAAAGACAAUUAUGACAAAGGAAGCCUCAAUCAACACACCACAUGGCAUGCAGCAUACAGUAUAAGCACAUUCAGACAAGGCUUAGUCUGCAAAGAGUCAACUAAGCUGACCAGUUUGUGUUGUCCUUUUUUUUUUUGUACGUGUGUGUUGGAAAUGAAAAGCAUCUAUUUAGUAUUAUAAUAAUAUUCUUUGAUACAUUUGCGCCGCAACAUAAGCAAUGAAUACAAUUGGUUACGUUUUCCUCAAAUAGCUGGGGUCAUUUCAAACUCAGAUACACUUUAAUAAAAGAUGCACAUCCAAACUUCUACAGAACUAUAAUACUCUGCAUACGCUCUAUAAUCAGGAGGCAACGAGCAAUAAAUAAAGCAUAUGUGGAUUGUAUUUUUAGAAAAUAUAUCCAAACUCUUUUUAUAUGUUUGAAAUUUCUAAUAUCUGUUCAUUAUAAAGCGCUUGCCAUUUAAGUCAGACUUUGGCAGAAAUGAAGACUAUAGAGUUUGUUUAUCCCAAUUUCUUCUUUUUGUUAAAUUAGGUCCUGAAAACUGGAGUUUGUGAAGGUAUAAUUUUCAUGCUUCAUUACAUUCCAAAAAUCUGGCAUAAGGGCUUAAUGUAGCUUCACACUGCUCUGCUGCAUGUGUCAGCCAAACUGUCUUUGUCGAGGAUUAGUUUUUGUUUUCUGCAGCAGUGCUUUGUAAUGACACAUAUAUGUGCAAAGACAGACUGAACAAUGCUUCCACAACUUCCAGGCCUCAAGUUCCAGAAUGUUCAGACUGGCAAAAUGGAAUUCAUAUAUUUGAAAAGUCUGUGGGAAAAACUGCAACGCUUCAACACAAAGAUCACCCACAUGGUUUUACUUUAGUCUCUGCAGAAAGAGCAUUUACAUGCUUUUGGGCUCCUUCUAGAUGGGUAGGCUUCAAGUUUCCAGUGCCAUGGGUCCAUCUAGUGGUGGUUAAACCACAGGACCAGCAACAGAGUGUUAAGGGAUUUUAUUGAGUUGUGGUCAAAUUAUGAUGUCAAAACUUGUUAUUUUAUGAUGUUGGAGAUAUGAAAAGGCCUGCAGCCUAUUACUCAUGAGUCAUGUUUUGUUUUUUACUGCAUUAAUAUUUCAUUUUUUUUACUUUAAACUAAAAAAAAAAAAAAAACUGCCAACAUUUUUCUUGGCAAAAUGUGUUCUGUGAUUCUCCACCUAAUAAUCGUCAUAUGUUUAAAUGAUUGUGGGGGAAAUGGUGCAUGCUAAUGGGCCAUGAUAUGAGUUAACUUAGGGGACAAAUGGGCCACUCUCCAAAGACGGACAUCUGAACUGGACAUCACUCCCCAAUGAUUGGACAUGAAAUAACUGAAAUGCAACCCGGAAACCAUACUUGACCCCGUCAUGAACGCCAAACUGUGCUCUGCUGUGGGUCUACACUUUUCCAAACAGGAAGUGGUUGGCCUGAGGGUUUUUGGUUUCACAGCUCCCCUAGGAGGCCGGUGACUGCUACAGUGACACUGCUGAAUGGUUGAAUCCUCUAUUAUUUUCUAUUAGAGUUGUUGCAAUGCACUGUACAUGUCAUAUUAAUCAUAAAUGUUAUCAAUACCAAUAACCUCUUGAGUAGAGAGAGAUGCUUAACUCGAGUUGAUGUACCAAAUGUUAUUCUCAGCACAAACACAAUGACACUAUGUACAGGGUGCAUUGUAGAUGUAAAUUGGCUAAAUGUCAUUAUCCAAGAGCACACUUUAUUAUUAUUACGGUAUGAGCACAUUACUAUGCAUGUAACAUAUUCAGGGCAUUUUGUGCUUUUAGUUUCUCAAUCAGCAGAACAACUACUGGCACACCAAAACACUCAAGCACCUGCUAUCUAUAAUGGGUACCAAAAAAUAAAAACCUGUCUGUCCAGUGCA